UACAUUUUACCAGCUCGCGUAACACGGGCGGGGGUAGUCGGCGCAAAGGUUGGCUCGCGUGAGCAUUUCCGUUGUCUCGCGUGCCGCUGCAGUCGUUGGCUAUAAAAUCGUGCGCGUGCGAGGAGUCCCAGCACGUGCCGUUGCAUACUAACAACCAUUAGACCCUCUGUUUCGCUGUUGUCCUAAAAUCACGUGAGGUAAUGACUCUCCGAACGAUUCAGUGACUUGAAAAACGGCACGUGCUUCAAACGCGCUGAUUUGUGUUCCAAGAAAGCGCGGAAGUAAAGAAGAUUGGAUUUUGGUGUAGUGACUACGUCGAAAUCUCGAAAGUAUAAUUCAUUCUCAUUACAUUGACUCUUACUGAAGUUACAAACGAGAAACAACACAAACCCAAAGGAGACAGACGAAUUUAAAAGAUGGAAAAAAUAUGUAAAAAGGCACAGGUUGCGGAACAAACAUCACAUAAAGUCAUUGAAAAGAGAAGGAGAGACCGGAUCAAUUCUUGUUUGUCCGAACUCAGUCAAACUGUCCCCGCAGCUUUUUCUAAACAAACAUCUGGAAAACUAGAAAAGGCAGAGAUCCUAGAAAUGACAGUGGAUUAUCUGCGUGCAAUUCAAGCAACAGAAAUUGGCCUACGUUUCGAAAAUAGUGAAUGGUAUUCCUCGGACAUUUGGGCUGACUUUAUGCAUCAUUACCAAGUGGGAUAUAAUGACUGCAUACGGGAGAUACAGCGAUUCAUGACAGACGUGGAAGGUUUGAAUGCUGCAGACGACAGGUGUGUCCGCUUAGUGUCUUACUUACAGACACGUUUCCGGCCGGAGUCGUCUGUGGCAGGUGGCGCUGCGUAUAGAGACCUGUUACAGCGUCUAAUGGCGUCCACGCAGUCCAGGCGCAACAUGUACCUAACCAACUCCACGCCACCCGCAGGAUUUACAUCGUACCUGUCCACAGGUACCCGGCGAUUUUCACCUUAUAUCUAUCCAAAAAUAUCCACAGUUCCCUCACAAGAAAUCCAUACGCCCGGAGCAUUUCAUUUGCAUCCUGCAUACUCGACAAGUAAGACAAUCUGUGCUCGAACGGACAAUCUGAACUUGAAACAAAAUUCAAUGCAUAUGUGAACAAAUUAGAUUUCCUAUGCUGAAAUACUUUAUUUAUAAUGUUUGUGUACUCAGUAGAAGUAAAUGUUUGAAAACGAA